AUGUCAUGUCGUAUGAGAAGUGAAAGUGACGAUCGCAAUUUCUUGUGGCGCUUGAUCUACUGGGCGCGCAAGCGUCGUGACGAGUUCGGUGGCAUGUCCGGCGUAGGAUUCGGAAGGAUCGACGUGACGAGUACAAACCUGGGCAGCCUGCUCACAUUGGCUGCUGAGCACAUGAAUAUCGGAAAUGCUGCUGUGGUUAUUCCCGAGGUGUACACGAGGUGA